GGUUAGUAGUGGCCAUACUUGACAGGGUCUUAUCCUGUGGUCCUUAGGAAGUCAGUCAGUAGGUUAGUGUGUCCGGGUAGGGCUACGUGGUGAGGAGUGGGACCCUCGUAGUGCACCAACACCACGAUGGACGACUACCCGACGUAUGGGUUGCUGGUUGGGUUCUCCCUCUGGGGGACCCUUUGGCGUCUCCUCUUUCCUCUGGGAUUUUGGCAUACCUUUGCGUGUAGAGUAGGGCCGACUCGAGGUGGUACCGCCACCCAACCAUACACGAAGGAGGAGGAGGAGAAGAUGGCCGCCAUGGAGAGGAAGGAGAAGAAGGAGGCCAAGAAGAAGGCCUUGAAAGAGGAACAGGCGGCCAAACUAAAGAAGAUGGAAGAAGAGAUGGCCAGGGAGAAAGAGAGGUUGAAAAAGGAAGAAGAAGAGAAGCUGAAGGAGGUGGAUGAAGAAGAGGAAGGACCGCCACUGCAAAAAAGUGGGCAGCACAGCGGCAGCAGCAGUGAUGAGAUGGAGAAGAAGAUUUCGGAGUGGGUCGCCAACUUAUCCCUGGGUGAGGAGGAGGAGGUUGCUAUGCCCAAUAGUAAUACCGGUGGAGACUUAGAGAAGAAGAUAUCUGAAUGGGUUGCCAACCUGACUGUGGGUGAGGAGGAAGAGGUUGCUAUGUACAUCCCCAAGGAUGAGCAAGAAGCCGCCAUGAAGAAAUGGGAAGCAGAAGAUGUUCUGACGCGGCGGGCGAUGGAGGAUGAACAGAGGAUGGCGUGGAAGCUCGCAGUGAUGAGGGAGAAGAAGAGAAGAGUGGAGGCGGCGAAUGCAGCAAUGCAAGAACUAGCGGAGGUGAGGACUGCCUUAACAACACAAUUGACCCCGCAAGUAGAUCUCCAACGCAAAGUGGAGAUCAUCGCCCAGAGCGUUGACCGGUUAGCUAAAGUGCAAGAAAAGCACUAUGAGUUUAGUCGCAGCCAAGAGAUAUCCGUGCGUUCGAUGCCAACGGGAUUACGGGAUUUUGCUCGCGAACUAGUAGGCGCUGUGGGAUCCGAGGUGAGUCAUCGCCUCGAGAAGACGGAGCGUUUUUGUGUCGGCGCCAUCGAAGGCGUCAAGGUGGCCGCUCCCAAGGAGGAGGAGGCCCGUCCUCGCAGGGAGCCAGUCAAAGUCAAAUUCCCUGAUUCCUACAGUGGGAAAAGGGAAAAGAACUUUGACAAUUGGGAGGCCAAUGUUAAGACCUAUGUGCAUUUGCAACAGGUCUCCCCGGAUCAGCAGGUCUUAAUUGCGAUCCAUGCACUUAGAGACGAGGCCGCCAGUUUCUCGAGAUCCCUUGUUCGUGCUGCCAACUGUAGUGACGAUCCAGUUUUGUACUCCUCGUUUACGUCCCUCACCGAAUUCCUGAAGUUGCUGCGUGAGCGAUUUGCUGAUGUCACUCGCAGUGUCAAGGCCUCAGACAAGCUCCAAACCAUCCAUUCUCGUAAAUGGAAGAGUGCCAGGGCACUCAAGGGUACAAUCGAUGAGUUGGUGGCCGUCCCUGACCAUGGGGUCACAGAGGGCCAGUUGGUCAACCUCUUUUACCGGGCUAUGCCCGAAGCCUUUCGAGGGCAGUUCUUCGCGAAGAGCGAAGACCCUGCCACCACUUACGAUUCCCUUAGUCGUGAGGUGGUGGCUUUUGAAGCGAAGUCAGUGUCCGUGUCCACCUUUUGGCAUAAGGAUUUGGACAAGGAAAGCUAUGGAAAGGCCACACUAUCUCAGGGCAGAGUUUCGCUAGACACCUCCCUCACAGGCGUGGCCGAAGAGUUGAAGGAGAGGAUGCCCGCCUGGGCCAAGAUGAAGAAGGAGAACAAAGGGCAGCUUAUAUUACUAGAUACAAAGAUUUUUAGAAGUAGAGUAGGGGCCCUAGUAGACUCAGGGGCCACUCGCAGCUAUAUUAGUAGGAAAGCGCUGCAGAAGUUGAGGCUGGGACUUAAAGUCCAGAAACUGACAGACCCCAUAGUUAGUAUCCUCGCGGACAGUCGUACUAUGAUUGUAGAAGAUUACGUAGAGGGAGUCCAGGCGUAUUUCCGCCUAGAGAAAGAUGGGAAAGUGGAGAAGGUCCUCCACUCCCUGACUCUCCUCGUAGAGGACAGCCUCCCAUUUGACAUUGUCCUGGGAAUGGACUGGGGAGAGGCAGCCGGAGCCACGCUCCAUUUGAAGGAGAACGAGUAUAGGCUCCCUAGUUCGUCAGGCGAGGCCAAGACUGCCCUCCUGUUCCAUGUGUUAGGGGUAGAGAAUUCCUUGGCGCACUGCUGCCUUAGUGCCCCCGCGUUCGCCAGCCUGGUGAAGAAGGAGGGAUUGGAGGAACAGGUCUUUGUUGCCUAUGUUAGGCCAGUGACUGAGCGUACGGAGGAGAAGCCGAUGGACCCCGCGAUUGCCAAGCUGCUGAAAGAGUUUAAGGAUUUGACUGAGCUGCGGACAGGCACGGUGCCGCGGCCCAUCCAGCACCGUAUUGAGAUAGAGCCUGGCAGUAGAACUCCUAAGGGUGAGGUGUAUAGGAUGUCCCCGUGGGAGUUAGAGGAGCUGCGGAAACAGUUGGACGAGCUCCUUGAAAAGGGUUGGAUUAGGCCCACUAACUACUAUAGGAAGUUCGUGAGGAACUUCUCCACCAUCGCUGCGCCCCUUCGCAAAUUGCUAAGAAAAGAGACAAUCUGGAAGUGGGACAAGGACUGCACUUCUGCCAUGAAGAAGCUAAAGCAGGCAUUGAUAGAGUAYCCGGUCCUUAAGGUCGCCGAAAGGUCCUUGCCUUUUGUCGUUACUACGGAUGCUAGCCAGUACGGCAUAGGCGCAGUGUUACAGCAAGACGAUGGCAAUGGCUAUAGACCCGUAGAGUUCAUGUCCGCCAGGAUGCCUUCAGAGAAGGUCGCGACAUCUACCUAUGAAAGGGAACUCUACGCUCUCAGGCAAGCCCUAGACCACUGGAAGCACUACUUGCUUGGGAGGCACUUCAAAGUCUAUUCUGACCAUCAGACAUUACGAUGGUUAAAGACGCAGGCCAAGAUGACACCUAAGCUUACUAGGUGGGCCGCAGAGAUAGAUCAGUAUGACUUUGAGCUCAAGUUGGUCAAAGGGAAGUACAACGUAGUCGCGGAUGCUUUGAGUAGGAGAGCGGAUAACUUUGGGGCAAUAGUACAUUACCUCGAUAUAGGGAAGGACCUGCAGCAGAGGGUUAGAGAAGCUUAGGCGCAGGACCCUAUCUAUAGUGAGCUCCUUAAGAAAGUCAAGGAGGCCCCAGAGACUGAAACGAAUUACCGCACUACCGAAGGGUUGCUUUUUGAGAAGACUAAUGUGUCUGACCGCCUGUGCAUCCCCAAUAGCGAAGAGAUUCGUAGUCUGAUUCUGGGCGAAUGCCAUAACACAGAGGGUCACUUUGGUUGGCAAAAGAAUUUAGCCAAUCUUAUGCGUGCGUAUACCUGGCCAGGGAUGAAGAAUGGCUGCGUAGAGUAUGUUCGCAGUUGCAAAGUCUGCCAGCGUAAUAAGAGUUCUACGCGCGGCCCGCUAGGUCUUCUCAGACCUUUGCCCAUUCUGGAUCAGCCGGGAGACUCAGUGUCAAUAAAUUUCAUGGACACUC